CCCUUUUGAUUGAACUUUGCGUGUUUUGCACAAAAGGCUUUUCAGAAGCCCUGCUGCUGCUUCACACAGCCAGAGGAAAACUGUGACUCCUGAAGACACUUCCUCCAUUGCAGCUAGUCAUGUGGUUUUAUAAUCUGUUGCUGAGCUUCGACGUGAAGGGGCUCCUCCUGUUUGUCUUCAUGUUCCUCCUGAUAGCAGACUUCUACAAAAGCAGAAAGCCAGCUAAUUUCCCUCCAGGUCCAAAGGCUCUGCCCUUUGUGGGGAAUUUCUUCAGUUUGGAAAGCAAACAUCCACACGUUUAUUUCCAAAAGUUGGCUAACAUCUAUGGGAGCGUCUUCAGCUUCCGCCUCGGCCAGGAAUCGAUUGUGUUUCUGAGCGGCUACAAGGCUGUGAGGGAGGCGCUGGUGACCCAAGCCGAGAACUUUGUGGACCGACCUUUCAACGCGAUAACUGACCGGUUUUACACUGAACCCUCAGCUGGUCUCUUUAUGGGCAACGGUGAAAAAUGGAAGAGACAGAGACGUUUUGCUUUGUCUACCUUGCGCAACUUCGGUCUGGGCAAAAACUCACUGGAACAGAGCGUUUGUGAGGAGAUCCGACACCUGCAGGAGGAAAUAGAGAGCGAGAAAGGUAAACCUUUCAGCCCAGCAGGCCUCUUCAACAACGCUGUGUCCAACAUCAUCUGCCAGCUUGUCAUGGGGAAAAGAUACGACUACACUGACCACAGGUUUCAGACGAUGCUCCGGUGCAUGUCUGAGGCGGUUAUGCUGGAGGGGAACGUCUGGGGUCAACUCUACUUGGCAUUUCCCAGUGUGAUGAGAUACAUGCCGGGUCCUCACAACACGAUCUUCAGCCACUUCACCACCUUGGAGCAGUUCAUUAGUGAGGAAGUGGAGCGGCACAAGAAGGACCUGGAUCGCGACAAUCCCAGAGACUACAUCGACGCUUUCCUCAUCGAGAUGCAGAACCACAAAGACCCUCAGCUGGGCUUCACAGAGGCCAAUCUGGCUUACUGCGCCAUCGAUCUCUUCCUUGCUGGAACAGAAACUACAGCCACCACGCUGCUGUGGGCUUUGGUUUUCCUUGUAAAAUAUCCUGACGUUCAAGAGAAAAUCCAGCAGGAGAUCGACAGAGUCAUCGGACAGACUCGCCUGCCCUCCAUGGCCGACAGAUCUAGCAUGCCGUACACAGACGCCGUGAUCCAUGAGGUCCAGAGGAUAGGAAACAUACUUCCUCUUAAUGGAAUGAGGGCCGCUGCAAAGGACACAACUCUGGGCGGUUACUUCAUCCCAAAGGGCACAUCUUUGAUGCCUGUGCUGACCUCUGUUCUGUUUGACAAAUCUGAGUGGGAAACUCCAGAAACCUUCAAUCCCGGACACUUCCUGGAUGCCGAUGGGAAGUUUGUGAAGAGGGAAGCUUUCCUCCCGUUCUCUGCAGGGAAACGGGCGUGCCUCGGUGAAAGCCUCGCCAGGAUGGAGCUCUUCCUGUUCUUCGUUGCCUUACUGCAGAAGUUCACUUUCUCUGUUCCUGACGGAGUUGAGCUGAGCACCGAGGGAAUCACUGGGACGACCCGAGUGCCUCAUCCCUACCGGGUGUCUGCUCAGGUCCGCUGAGCUCAGCACUUUUCACCAAACCCGGUUUGGCUCAACAGUCGACGGCCACAGCUUCAGCUGCUGCUGCUUGUUAAAAGUCUUUGUGGAUGUGAUGUUUUUCUGAGUGACGGUUUAAUUAAUUAUCAUUAAAGGCAUCAUACUUUGAGUAACUGAUUUCAAAAAGGACUGAGAAAUAUUUUGUCUUUUACAACAAUGACUUUCUAAAAAUAAGUCUAAAAUAAAAAUCUAUAUUU